CAACUGUCCAAACUUCCUUUUUUUUCUUUAUUUUUAACGCAGCAGUAAAUAAAAGCGUGUAAACGUGCUUGUUUUGUGGUGGAAUGUGGCGCUUUUGGUGUUCCACAUGGGCGGAGCGUUUGCGCGCAGUAGCGGAGUUUGACCGCGCGGGGGCGACACGCCGAGUCAAAUCCACUUUCACUCCGGCACAGUUUCAAUGGAGGAGCAGCAGCACCGCAGAGAGCAGGCACAUAACCAUCACCUCACCGCCGGAGCGCCAUGGACAGGGGGAAAUCACACGGCAGUCCGAGAGAUCUCUGAACAAUGCUGUUCAUCGCUACUGUGAGCUCAAGCUGCCGGAAACGCAGAAGGAGAAAACAGGCAAUGCCGGGUUUGCUGGAAUUUUCUGUGUUAGUUUUCCCCCAUCCAUAUUCCGACAAGCUCCGCCUCCUGUCCUGGGAUUGGCCAGAUCGUCCGUGAGCGCACGAGUUCCCCGAACUGAUUGGUGAACGGAGUAUGCGCGUGAUCUUCAACUAGCCAAUCUUUACACAGGAGGCAAGGUUCGGUCGGGAAAACGGGUGGAAGUAAACUAAUUGGUUUCAACCCUGACUGUGAAGAGGGACGAUUCGAAGAGCGUUCCUGAUGCCGGACUUGGGAAUUCACUGACCGCUAACUCGUACAGGCCAACAGCGAAACGAUUCCUAACCGUGGCUUCUCUCGCAGUAUGGACGGGGAUCACCAGACCUCUGUUUUAAAGCUUUACGAGGUUCAAAACAUGCGGGAAAAAGAGCCGGCGUUAUCUCUGAACGGAGAGGUGGUCCUCGCGUCCGGUUACAUUACGAACGGUUACUCCGGCAAGUCCGCCGACAACGACGGGAGCGGCUCGGAGAGCGGGUACACGACGCCUAAAAAGAGGAGAGCGAGACGCAGCAGCGUGAAAGGUACGGAGAACAACGCCGGUCGGGAAAAGGAGAAAGCGCCGAAGAUCUAUUCUAAACAGGAUACGGAAUCUUCGGGCCAGGAGAUGUCCGGGAAAGCGCUGCAGUCUCGUACUAACUGCGCCAGGACUUGCCAUAAACCAGAGGUGCACGCAGGGGUUUGUAAGACGGGCGUUCAGGACGCAAGCCCUGUGUUCGAAGUGCAGCAUAGAAACUCUGACAGCAAGAACUCUCUUAGUCUUGUUGGUAAAAAGACUAGUCUUGUUAGUAAAACCAAACCGGUCUCCUCAGUGAGCUCUAAAGAGGACUCGUGGACUUUGUUCAAGCCUCCUCCUGUGUUUCCGGUGGACAAUAGCAGCGCCAAGAUAGUCCCUAAAAUCAGUUACGCAAGCAAAGUUAAGGAGAACCUCAACAAAGCGACGCAGGCCAGUACAGAGACGAUGCAGACGUCUGGAAAGCUCUCGCACGUCCCCAUGUCUGCUGUAAAAACAGUCACAUCUGCGAGCUUGGCUAACAUCCCCGUGUCUCUCGAUGCUAACGGGUGUUUCUCCGUGGAAAGGUCAUUCGCAUCUUCUGCCUCCUCUAACCUGGCCGAAGAGGACGUAGAGUCCGUUCCGGAUAACCUGUCGUCUUGCUCGUCUGCUCCGGAGCCGCCGAAAUCGAGAUUCGUUUACCCGCACAAACCUUUAAAUAUGCAACCCCCUGCUGCUCAGACAAAUCAGAAAGCUCUCGGGGACAUCUUUCAGAACCAGUGGGGCCUGUCGUUCAUCAACGAGCCCAACGCAGGCCCGGACUGGGAUGACGCUUCUCGUCCGGCCGCACCGUUCGAACUCUCGGACGUCACGUUUCAGGGUGGAAACGUCCCGUUCCUCAUCCGGCCAUCCCCGAACGCAGUUUCUCUCCCAGAGCCCCAGGACGUGCAGAGAAGGACGUACGGGACCGCCGUGGCCGUGAAACCGUGUUCCGCUUCCCGUGUUGCAAGUCGGGACGAGUGUAAAGUGGAGGGCAGGAGCUCAGACGCUUCUUAUGAGGAUUUGGACGGCGGGUCUACGAGGAGCUACGCGGGAUUGUCCGAGGUGCACACUGUAAAAGAGCAGGGUGGAGCUCACGGGUGGGGAUGGGUUGAUCUGCAAGCUGCUGCCAUUUACCACACUAAAGAAUUUGAAUAUCUUCUCACUCUUCACAAGCAAGAUCCAAAAAGGGUGACGUAUUACGAGGAGGUCAUGGACGGGCCUGAUCAUUGAGGUGCCGAGCACCAGUACUACAUCUGCUCCACCUUGGGUGCUACAGUCAGAUCUGAUCCUGGAUGUGAAUGAUCUGGUCUAACCAACCAGACCGAACUGAUAGAGACAGAAGCGUUGGGUGAUGAAUGUGGGACUUGCUGAAGCUUUGGAGUUCUGUGGGUUUGCUCUGCACACACGAGACUGCUGUGAUCUCCACGGAGACAUCGGACUACGCACAAACACUACCGCAAAACCGUUUAAAGGGGCAGGUGAGGUGAGGUGAGGUGACACGCUUUGUGUGGAUCGGCCGUGGGGAAGCGACGCGACCACCCCAGAGACUUCGGGAUACAACCACAUGCUUCACGAUCGUUUGAUUUCUUCACACAUCUAAAUCUU